AGGAAACAUUCAGUCAUUGAGUCCACUAAGCUAACAACUUGAUUCAAGAUUCGCGCACGGGCAGCUGUGGAGCACUAAACUAGCGACCUCACAGAAAAGAGGGGAUUGGCUCCUCUACUGUGGCAGCGUCGUACAAGCCAAAGCGCCAUGGCAGACUACACACCAUUGGUGCCUCUGCGCUAGUGUUGUCGGCAGCACAGCGUCGCAAAGUCAUCCCGGGAGUGAUUAAGCUAAAGUGUUUUCUACCGAGAGCACUAUCAAGGUCAACCCAGGAAUUAACCCGCCGCAUGUUGCCCCUGGGCUUGCCGUACUCGACGUCAUAACCACUGCGGACACCUCCUGGACGACUAAACUAAAUUCAAUAAUCGAUCUUCGCAAAAAUAGACGAUCUUCGGCAUGUAUACAGCGUAUAAAUAACUGGUUACAUACAGCGACUGGUGGAGGAAAUAACAAAUCUCUCUUAUAACUAUGGCGGAACUCAAUUCAGGUCCUGAAACUGUUGAAACUUGUAUUUUCUGUUUGAUAGCCGACGACAAAGACAAAGAAACGGAAGUUAUCAAAAAGAACAAGGAGCUGGUGUGUUUUAGAGACAUUUCCCCUGCUGCUCCUCACCAUUACCUGGUUAUACCCAAACAGCACAUCCACAGCUGCUUCUUACUGCACAGGGGACACGUCGACCUGGUUGAACGGAUGGUUGAAAUGGGGAAAGCAGUACUAUGCGAUCAAGGGAUGGCUGAUAUGAAGGACAUACGCCUGGGGUUCCACCAGCCUCCCUACACUUCAAUUGAUCACCUCCACCUCCAUGUGCUCGCCCCCGCCAGCCAGAUCUACCUGGACAAGAAGUAUAAAUUCAAUCCAUGUUCCAACAGGUUUGUGACUGAAAAACAUAUGCAGAUGCAUCUAAAGGGUAAAGCUCCACCUGUCAAAAAGGCUUUUGGUUCAUCAUUAUGAGACAACAUUAUAUUCUGUCAUCUGAAGAGAAAAUCUUCUGUAAAUUGUUUCAACAAAAGAGAUUAUGAAGCAGAUACAUUAUUUCGUUUGGAAAGGAGAGCCGUAGCAUUGAGAUGUCACUGUUAUAUGUAUAUGUUUUUUUAAUGAUAUUUCUUCAAAUGGAAUUAUUUUUUGCAGACUUUUGUGUACAGCGUGUGUCCCUUUGGGGUUAAAAGGAGUUUCUGUUUAUUGCUACAACAAACAUCCUGGAAAGUACUCAAACACAUUUUCCACUCAGUUUCUGAAAUUAAUCAAAAAGCAUGUGACCCUAUGAACCCCACAGAAACAAAAAUACACAUUGGAAUAUGCACUGUAGCUACUUUAUUCACACUUAUAUAGCCAGUAUAUAUUUUGCAUUUUUGCAUUUUCUUCACCAGUUCCUUUUCUUAAAUUGAAUAUGUCUUGUUCUACUAUAUUUACUGUAUAUAUAUUGUGCAUUUCUUCAGCUUUAAAAUUACUAGCUUACUCUAUCAUCUUGUUUAAUGCUGCUUCAAACAAAUGUCCCCCUGGGGAUGAAUAAAGUAUUUUUUUAUUUUUGUAUCGAUGUCAUCACUUGGGACUUCUGUUUUCGCCACUGGGGUCAUUUGGCGACCUCUGGUGGCCGAAAGACAUUAUUUCAGUCUUUCUGUUCCACACCUGUUUUCAUUUGGUAAUGUUCAAUUAACUUUGUUUGACCAGGGUAUAAAUACCUGGCAGUGUGCUAGACACAUCAUCGUGACGUUUGAUUAAACUUAGUGUUCCUCGUUACCCUCUCGUAACAUUUCCUAUUCUUCUGUGGUUUGGAUUAUACCAUUUUUGGAUUUGACUCUUUGUUUGGAUUAUACCCUUUUUGGAUUUAACACUUUCGUUUGGAUAAUACCUUUUUUGGAUUUAACGAUUUCGUUUGGAUUAUACCCUUUUUGGAUCUACCUCUCGUGUUUGCGUUAUUGCUGCUUCAAAGACACAUUUGCAUUUUUUUGAAACUCCGUUGUGACGGAGAGGAAAUAAAACAAUCUUUUGACUUUA